AUGCGUGCUAUCCAACUCAGCGAAUAUGUCAAGGGCCCCCUCGACCUCCAAAUAACCGACCUGCCCACUCCCUCACCAACACCAGACAAAUAUCUCAUCGAGAUUCACUCCGCAGGCACAAACUUCUUCGACAUCCUCCAAAUCCAAGGCAAAUAUCAACACCAACCGCCCUUCCCAUGGAUCUCCGGCAUGGAAUUCGCCGGCACCAUCCUCGCCACUCCUACAGGCUCCAAAACACACAAAUUCAAAGUCGGUGAUAGAGUCUUCGGCGCUUCCCAGGGCGCCUAUGCGACUCAUAUCCUUGCACCCGAAGCAUCCCUCUUCCCCGUGCCGAAAGGGUGGAGUUUUGCAGAUGCAGCGGGCCUGUUUGUUACCGCGCCGACUUCAUACGGUGGUCUUGUGACGCGUGCAAAUGUGCAGGCGGGGGACUGGGUUCUUGUGCACGCUGCUGCGGGCGGAGUUGGGUUAGCAGCCGUUCAAAUCGCGAAAGCGCUCGGUGCAACGGUCAUUGCGGCUACGGGAUCGGAAGAAAAGGGCCGAGUUGCGAGACGGUUCGGUGCCGAUUAUGUGGUUGAUUAUCGUGCGGACAAGAAUUGGCCGGAGCAGGUUAAGAAGCUUUGCAAGGAGAAUCGAAAGGGGAAUGGAAAGGCGGGUGUUGAUGUUGUUUAUGAUCCUGUGGGAAUGAUUGAUCAGAGUUUGAAGUGUGUCGCUUGGAAUGCGAGACUGUUGGUCAUUGGCUUUGCGGCGGGGACGAUUGAGAAGGUCGCACUCAAUCGUGUCCUGCUUAAGAACGUGAGCAUUGUCGGGAUACAUUGGGGUCAAUACGUAAACUUUGAGCGUGAGACGGUGCCGGUGGUCUGGAAGGGCAUCUUUGAUAUGAUUGACCAGGGCAAGUUCAAGAGUACAGCAUAUACGGACGAGAACUUCAUCGGGCUGGAGAGUGUGCCCAGGGCGCUAAAGGCGUUGGGUAGUAGGGGGACAUGGGGGAAGGUUGUUGUCAAGAUCGUGGAUGAUAAGGGAAAAUUAUAA